UUUCAUUCAAAUGGAAAGAAAAAUAAUUGAAUUUGUAUAGGAAUGUCAAACUAAUAUUGGAAAUUAUUAAGAUUUAACUUAAAUGGAGGAGAUUGUUAAUUAACUUAUUUCAAUAGUUUGUACAAAUUAUUAUUAUAUUUUUAAGAUUUUCUUAUUGAGUAAGGCUAACAAACCUUUGAAGAAGAAAAAUUAAAAUAUUAAACUUUAAAUCAAGACUUUUCUAAUUUAUAGACAUUAUAUUAAUAAGCUUUAUAGGAAAUAUAGAUACUCAAAGCAAACCACAAUUAAGAACUUGAAGAAUUUUCUGAGUAUCAUGAUAUAAUGAUUAAGAAGGAAUAUAUUAUAGAAUAAGAAAAAGAUGAAUAACUAAAUAACAUGAAAUCAAGUACAAAUGAAAUGAUGAAGUCGUUAAGAUUUCAAUAAUAAUAAUUAGAAAAUGUAAAACAGUAAAACGAAGAUCAGUAAAUGGAGAUUUAUGAAUUACGAAAAUUAUUGUAACAAAAGUAAGUAAACACUGAACCUGCCUUUGAUUAGUAACAGUCUAAAAUCUAAACCUGUGAAAGUAUUAAGGAACAAAAAGAGACUUCCCCUUCUUAUAUAAGUGUUAAAUAAAAAAACUAAGAAAGCUGCUCAAGUAUAGAAUUAAAUACGCAAUCUAAUUAAAAAGAAAAUAUAUAAAAAGAACUUUGUUCUUAAACUUUUAUACGUGAAAAAAGUCUUAAGGAAUCUGGUCUUCACCUUAAAUAUACUCAUUGUCAUUCUAAAAAUUAAAGCAUAAAUUGGGUCAAAUUAGCUACUAUUGCUUAAACUUAGUAAUCUUUAUCAUCUAAAAGUGAUGAUGAAGAAUCUAAUUGCAGAAAAUCUUAAAGAAGAUUAUCUAAAGAUUUCAGUACUGAAUGUGAUCCAAUAUUUGUUAAUACUAGAAACCCAUAUAAAGAUUUUUUUACAUUGGUAUGUAUUUUAGUUAAACCUUAGAUUUGCUAAUCAGUUAAAUUAAAUCUAAAUAAAACAAAAUAUUAUGUUAUAAAUGUAGAUAUGCUCUAUGAAAAAUUUCAGAUAGAAGGUGUUCCAUUUAAUAAAUGGUACAAAAAAGUAGAAAAGUAUAUUUUAGAAUAAAUGUAGUGACU